AUGCGGCCUAUUCUCCGAUAUGGACUGGUGAUGGCAAUGGCUUUGGCCAUGCCAUCAUCGGCCGAGAUCACCAUUCCCAGGGGUCCUGUAGGGACUGCGCCUGCUUUACCUCCUGGAGAGCCACAUCCACCACCGGCAUACAUGAAAGAUAGUUCGUCCACCGUCGACCAAGUCAUAGGCUCCCUGAAUGGCCCAGUUCUUGCCCCUCUCAAUGCAAGCAGCAUGGUCGAGAUGCACGGUCACUCAACUCACGGUCACCCACCUCACGUUCAUCCAAUCCACGCACGGCAGGAUGGUGGCUACUGGCUGGCUUCCAUGGGAAGUGCCGGGAAAAUGCCCUUCGCUCCGGCAGGCUAUCAAUUCUUCCGCAACGUAAGAGACUUCGGUGCCGUCGGUGACGGCGUCGCCGAUGACACGGCUGCCAUCAACCGAGCUGCUGCUGCCUUUAGCCAAAGUGACACAUCGACACUUCGCUGUGGGAAAGAAUGCGGUUCAACAACGACGCUGGGCGCGGUCGUUUACUUCCCACCGGGGACGUAUCUCAUCAGCACACCCAUCAUCCAAUACUACUAUACGCAGUUUGUGGGUGAUCCAAACUCAAGAGCUGUGAUCAAGGGCAGCUUUAACUUUACUGGGAUUGCUUUGGUCGACAAUGAUGUCUAUAUCCCCGGCGGCAAUGGUGCGGAAUGGUAUAUUAACCAAAGCAACUUCUACCGACAAAUCCGCAACUUGGUCUUCGAUAUGACCGGCAUGAACUGGACCAACUAUGACAAUGACCAGGAAUAUGUACCGGCUGGUAUUCAUUGGCAAGUGGGACAAGCCACAAGCAUUACCAACUGCCAUUUCGAAAUGUCGGUGUCCCAAGGUGCGCAGGCCGCCACCGCGGUUGGGAUUUACAUGGAAAAUGGCAGCGGUGGUUUUGUUUCGGACCUGUCAUUCUUCGGAGGGAAUAUUGGCUUCCUCGCGGGCAGUCAGCAGUUCACAGCCAACAACCUCCAGUUUACCUCCUGUCUGACCGCCAUCAAGCAUGUAUGGAACUGGGGGUUCGUAUGGAAGAACAUCUACGUUCUGUCUUGCUACAUCGCGCUCGACUGCACUGCAUACUCCGGGACUACAAGUCAAGGCACCGGGUCCAUCACAGUGCUUGACUCGCACUUCAACGGAGUCCCCUAUGCUAUUACAGUGGCCUCCCACGGAGACGAGCAACCUAACAUUGUGCUUGAUAACCUGCUAGUUGAGAACUCACAGUCCGUUGUCCUGGUAUCUGGGGGCGAUACAAUACUGGCGGGAUCUUCCGGCCCUCUAUACUUCAACUCAUGGGCAAAUGGAUAUCAAACCCUUUCCGAUGGCUCGAGUGGCUCGAGGACCGGAUUUGUCAGUCCAGCCCCUCGUAAGUCGCCCGGCCUCCUCGAUAGUAGCGGUGCGUACUUUUCGCGAUCAAAGCCUCAAUAUGCAGGCAGCACCCCGAUAGUUGCAACCGACCACGGUGUCUUGAACGACGGCACUGGAGACCAGACUGCAGCUAUCAACAGCCUCCUCGCAGCCAACGCGGGCUCCAUUAUUUUCUUUCCUGGCGGGGUCUAUCUCGUCAAGGGCACCGUGCAUAUUCCAGUUGGAAGUAUCAUCGUCGGCUCCGGGUGGAGUCAAAUCAUGGGCACCGGAUCAUACUUUGAGGAUGCGAAAAAUCCCAAAGUCAUGGUUCAGGUGGGCAACGAUGGCGACUCUGGAGUCAUUGAAAUUAGCGACAUGCUGUUCACCGUCCAGGGCUCGACGGCGGGAGCGAUCUUGAUGGAAUGGAACGUGCAUGAAAUCUCUCAAGGAAGCGCUGCCAUGUGGGAUAGUCAUUUCCGAGUUGGCGGUGCUGAAGGGACUAAUCUCCAGCUGGCGGACUGCCCAACAGGUCAAACCGUCGUCAACACGAAGUGCAUGGCGGCUUCAUUACUGUUGCAUAUAACAAAGGACUCUUCGGGCUACUUUGAGAACGUCUGGGCCUGGGUGGCUGAUCAUGACCUCGAUAACCCUCUCAAUGCCGACGCCUAUGAGACCACCGAUGGGAUCCCGCUGAACGUCCAAACACAGAUCUCCAUUUACGCGGGGAGAGGGAUUCUGAUAGAAUCCCAGGGUCCGACAUGGCUGUAUGGCACCGCCAGCGAGCACUCGCAGAUGUAUCAAUACCAGCUUCUGAACGCAUCCAACAUCUACCUCGGUCAUAUGCAGACCGAGACUCCCUACUGGCAGCCAAAUCCCAAUGCUCUCAAGCCAUACCAAGCUGGGGAAUUCCCCUCCGAUCCAGUGUAUGACAAUUGUGCAGACGACCUUUGCAAGGGGGCAUGGGCACUGAGAGUGCUUGAUUCCAAAGACGUUUUCAUCUAUAGUGCGGGAUUCUACUCCUUCUUCCAGAACAACCAACUGGGUUGCACUGACGAGGAAAACUGCCAAUUAGCUCUCAUCGAGACCAACUUUGCUUCAAGCCUGUGGGUGUACAAUAUCUUCACCAAGGGCAACGUCCAAAUCAUCACGCCUCGCGGGGGACUUCCACCGCUGCUGUUCAAUUCCACCACGCGCAACGGAUACACCAGCGAGAUUGCGGCAUGGCUCGCCCUUUCUACACAAGGAGAGGAUAUCGGAUCCUCUCCUGGCGAUGGAUCGGGCAGCGUGACAAUCGAUCCAGACCUCUGGUCUGGAAACCCAGGGACUCCAGUUACGAUGCAAUGCUCGCCGCCAUGCACCUAUAUCUUGCCCCCUCUAACGCUCACUACUGAGACGACGUUUAGUUUCCCACCGCUCACUACGUCGGUGACAGUUGGGUUCAACUCGACAACCACAUUUGAGAUAUCAGGGAAGACAUCCACGCUUACCAUCUACCAGAUUACCGUCGAUACGACAACUAUCAGCAUUCCUCCGGUGACGACCUCGGUGAUCCCGUGGUUUGACGAGACAGUUACCGUCAACUCGACCGUCAUAUAUCCCAUUCCGAGCAUCAUUGCGCCCCCUCUGACCAUCACUGACCCGACUAUCAUUUACGGGAGUGUUUAUCCAGCGCGGACACGCACGUUCUGGCCGCCUCCUUGGCCCGGGUCCUCAGAGCCGCCCAGCACUACACCAACUACAACUACUACGGCAGGUGGUGUAACCACCACUACGACAAGCGGUGCCCAGACUACUAGGGGCGCGGUCAUAACCUCUGUUCAUCACACGUCAGGACCCCCAAAGCCAUCCUGCAUUCAUGCGACAGGAUGUGGCCAUCAUUGUGGUGAUAGCAUCUUGGACAUCUGCAUACCUUGCUGGAUAGGCUGUAGUAUUGGGCCUCCAUCCAUCAAUGGGAUUGAUCCUGACCAGCCUGGGGGCAUCCCGCCUGCACUCGACCCCAACAACCCUGAUAACAAGCCAAGUUCAAGCGAGUGCGAGACAUCAACAUUCAGCUCCUGCAACACGUACUGUACGCCAACGCCAACGUCGACGUGUUCCACCAGCUGUGUCAAUGUUGUCGGCUGCCAGGAGACCACAGGGACAAUCUCCUCUUGCACUCCACCUACGGGAAUCAGCAUAUGGAGCCCCACAGACACCGCUGCUGACGCCCCUACUCUUGGGGCUGGCGGCGAUUUUGGGUACAUCUAUCUGCCUGGCCCAACACUGCCGGUGACCAUAACCAGUAUGAGCCCACCACCGACGUCCAGUUCGACAACGACAACAACGUCAUCCACCACGACAUCAUCCGCGGCCUCGCCAACGGGAACCCUCUCGUUAUGCUUGGGUCUGUCGACCACAGCGACAUCGCAAGAGGCCAUCUAUGCGUAUGUUAUCUACGCUCCAGGCCACCAAUGCAUCGGCACCUUCGUGACGGAUGGGAACAUUGGCGAAUCUACCCCCAUAUGCGACAUCCCCAACGACAAGACAUCCUUCAACUGGUGCACCUCGAGCGAUAAGGCUGGUACAUUUGUGAACUCGGGCCCGCAAUUCUUCUCCGACCCUUCUUGUGGGUUCCAGAUCCAGCUUUACGGCCAGACUUAUACCCCCACCCAGCUGGACCCUGCGAAGGAUAAUGAUCCAUGUAGCGGGACCUGUCCAGAAGGUCUGGCGUCCGUACAGGGGAUUUUCUUGUGGGAGGGGCUGCCUGGCUGCUCGUAG